AUGAACAUGCAGGACAGUGCAAAUAGCAGCGUCAAAGAUCGGACGCACGAGUCUAAAGUUGAUUUUUCUAUGGUCGAUGAAUCUGACCAUAAUGAAAAGAGAAAGUUGGCGCGCCAUUCUAUGAGGAUAUUCUUGAUGGGAUUGAAAUUUUUUGGAAUGUACUUUGAUAUCAGCCGUGAAGAAGAAGCUUUUAAUACAAUUUCCGAGAUCGGUGAUGGAACAGAGCAUAAAAAUGAUGAAAGUAGAGUAAACAUUUCAACGAUCGAGAUUCCAUGCAAUUGGAGGAAAGCAGACCUUUCAUUGAAGUUGGAAAGAAGUUUAAACAAACCUCAAAUUAAUUCAGCGCAAAAUGGAGUCAGACCAAAAAAAAAUUUUCGUAAAAUAUUUUACCCCACAGUAAUUUUAAUAAUGCAUUGGGUAAAUUGUUUGAGAUACUUGACAUUGUUCAACAGCAAAGAUCGUCUCAAUGCAAAUCUCUUUCUCAAAAUGGAUAUAUUCAUAUAUUCGCUUCUUACCGCAUGCUAUCAAUCUGCAUUUUAUUAUGCUUGCUACACUGGAAGAAUGGAAAGCAUAAUCACAGGACUUUCAAAAAUCAGAGGAGAUGAUUUUAAAUUCUUAUAUAAAGCGUCGACAUUUUUAGCGGUUUAUUCAAUGGUUUCUGUACUGGUGGCGUCAUGUUGUUUGAUAGCUUGUAUGUUUAUGUACGUUUGGGCUUUCCAAGUGGCAUCCACUCCACUUUAUUCUUGGAUUCAAUAUGAAAAUUCGAACUUGAAUAUUGCAUUCAAAAUACUUCUUUCAAUUUAUUUUACAUACGAGCCGGCAGUUGCAGUGUUUGCCGUCGCAUUCACAAUGUUAGUGUCGCUAACAUUGAGGAAGUGUUUUCAAGAUUUGGAGAAUGAUUUGAAAACAUCUCUCAAAACCAUUCAUGGUGGUAGCAUUAAAAUAAAACAUGAUAACAUUUUCUCCUGUUUCUUCCACAAAUUAAACUCGAUUGCUCCAUCGAAAGCAGCUUGGUUCAACAAUUCUCAAGAUGGAGAUAUCAAUACUUUGUCAAAAAAAUCAACAAAAUUGUACUGUAAAAGUAUAGAAAAAGUCAUCAGCGAUCACGAUGGAGCAUUUGCUAAAAACUCAAUUGAAUAUUUCCGCCAAAGAUAUCAAUCGACAACCAAGCUUGUCCGAAACGUUGAUAGCUUCAUCUGCGUCUGCAAUGGCAUCGGAAUAAUAGGAUUUUUGAUGGAAGCCAUCGUGAGCUUGUAUGUUCUUCUGCUACGUACAUGCGACUUCCAGAGUUACACGAUGUACGUGGUCUUCAUGGUCCUGUGGAGUGCCUUCAGCCUAUCAUAUUUGGCCUGCAUAGCGAUAGCCUGCGUUCUUUUGAGCAAUUAUGCGAACAAGGUGUUGGAAAAGUUGCACAAGAUUGAUUUGUUCGAGUGUUCGUCGGACAUGGUCAGCAGCCUGCUCGUCUUCCUCGUCAGGUCCGCCGCACAGGAUGGCAUGAGCUUCACCAUCCUCCGCAUGUUUGCCAUCGACAAAAAAACAAUUACCACCCCAUCAUUGAACUGUAUAGAGUUGACAUCAAAUUCUUCACAGAUAGCAAGUGUUUUCAUAACUUACUUCCUGGUGGUGUACCAGAUGAAUCCUGGAAAUGACGGCAAGGAGUGUUACGACCCCACGUCCAUCAACAACGUUCCUCUCGUCAACUUGACCAUACCAUCUCCAAAAACUUAA